AUGCCACGCUCAGCCACAGUAUGGGCCGCCGCCCUUGUUCUGGCCAGUCUUUCUGGCUCUCCGCUCACGACAGCGGAGGCCAUGCCUGCACCAGGACCUCAACAGACCCAAGGCCGUCCCCGAUACUACUUUCCUAGGCAAGUGAAGCGACAGAUCGUAACCAACUCGACUACCCCGGCGGCCACUCCGUCCCCGUCUCCUGAGCCAGAGUCUAGCAGCUACUCCUCGCAGCUCACAUCGCGUCAGAUGGACUUCCCGUCCUUCAUUGAAUCGCUUUUCCGUGGCAGUUCUGACACUUCGGCUCUUGCCUCUUCAGACUCACUUGUCAGCACCAGCGAUGUCGACACAACUAGCACCCUGACCUCCACACUGGACGAUCUUCCAACAACACUCCCCGAGAGCUCUUCGUCUGCUUCUGCCUCGCAAAGCAGUGUCUUUUCCCCGCCUCCUCCACCUCCAGCGCCGUCAAGCUCUAGCAUUGGAUCAUCGAGCCAAGUUCAGGAGUCUAUUGUUGUGCCAACCUCUGAGGCUGCUUCAACGCCCACUCCAGAGGCCCCGCAAAGCAAGAAACCAGCCGAAACCCCCAUUGUGGAGAACCCUCCUCAAGUUGGCUCCACUAGUGGUCUCCCAGAGACCAUCAUCCAGCCAACUCCGUCACCUGAGCCUAUUCCUGAGCCUGAACCAACCACUGUUGUUUCCUCAUCAGCUGCUCAGUCAUCUGCACCACCCGCGGUAGAGAUUGGUACCACCAGCGGUCUCCCUGAGACCAUUGUGCAGCCUACCUCCACAGCACAGAGUAGCCCUGCUUCCAGCACCAAGGCCGACAGCCCUAUUCUGGGUCCUAUCCUCGGCUCGACCGGUCUUCUUCCGGACGUCAUCGUCCCGCCAACCUCCUCUGCCCCGAGCUCAGCUGCUGCCACAUCUUCUACCAUUGACAACAGUCCUGCUUCCUCUGACGUGCCCAGCGUCGUUGUGCCGCCUACAUCCACUGUUCAGAGCGUAGCGGCAACUUCGACUGGAGGAUUGCCUGAUGUGAUUGUGCAGCCGUCGUCUCCCACUGUUGGAAGUGAACCAGCUUCCACAGGUGGCAUUCCUGAGACCAUUGUACAGCCAACUUCAGCCAUUCCGAGCUCGGCUGUUGCUCCUACUGGAGGUCUUCCAGAGACCAUUGUUCAGCCAUCUUCAUCUGUGGUGAACAACGCGCCCGCCUCUUCUGGUGGUAUCCCUGAUGUUGUCGUACAGCCAACUUCUACUGCGCCUACCUCCAAACCUCCUGGUAUCGAGAACACUCCUGCUUCUACAGGUGGAUUGCCCGAUGUCAUCGUUCAGCCAUCAUCGUCGGUUGUUGAGUCGCCUUCCGCGACGCCAACUUCUGCCGGUCUUGUUGGCGGACUUCUCUCAUCGCUUCUCAACCCUAUCGUCGGCUCUACUAGCGGAGUUCCCACAUCUGUCGUUCAGCCUACCCAGGCCGUUUCGUCGACCGUGCCUCAAUCAUCGGAGCAGGCUGUCGGUUCUACUGGAGGCAUUCCGGAGACUAUUGUGACACCCACUGCAGCUCCUGCUUCUUCUGCUGCACCAAGCUCUCCUGAUGCAUCAAGCUUCCUUGGGCCUUUCAUCGUCCCCGGAUCGACUGGCGGUAUUCCUGAAACGGUUGUUCAACCCACCUCUUCCGCUGGCCUUGUUGGUGGUCUCCUUUCUUCGCUGCUUGCACCUACACCCACUGCCGAGAUCGGUUCUACUGGUGGCAUCCCUGAGACCAUUGUGCAGCCUACUUCUUCUGGCGGUCUUGUUGGCGGUCUCCUCUCAUCUAUUCUUCCACCUGCGCCUACUUCGCAAGUUGGCUCUACUGGUGGCCUCCCCGAGACCAUUGUACAGCCUACUUCAGAAGUUGGUUCUACCGGAGGCGUUCCCGAGACCGUUGUGCAGCCUACCUCAUCUGGCGGUCUGGUCGGUGGACUCCUGUCUUCCCUUCUCGCAUCCGAAGCUCCUGCAGCCACCACCCAAGUAGGCUCUACUGGAGGUAUUCCCGAGAGCGUAGUCCUUCCUACAAGCGUCGCUGCGUCUGGUUCAAGUGGAUCGCCGCUUUUGCCAUCCUCUGGCAUCGUUAUUGGAAUUACCACCGCUCUAGGCACGGGAGAAUCUGCUGUUGUAACUCCGACACCGACUCUUCUAAGCUCUGGUGCCAUUCCCACCUCAGAGACCGCAGCUACCAGCUCUGGAAUCCUCGAUAUUCCAGGUCUUCUCUCGUCGGUCGUGUCGGAACUGCCUGGUGUUUUGCCUACUGGUAGCGGUCUCGCGUCCACUGCACCCACCCCUGUAGCGUCUGCCAGCGCGUCUGGUCUCCUUCCUCCAGCUCUUUCUUCGCUCUUGUCAUCGGCUGUUUCGGAUCUUCCAGCAUCUGCUUUGCCCAGUGCUUUGUCGAGCAUUCUAUCUGGAUUGGACUCUGCUCUCCCUACUGGCACUGGUCCUGUCAUCAUCCCGACCAUCUUGCCUUCCAGCUUGUUGUCUUCGGGUAUCCUGCCUUCAUCUGGAGUAUUGCCAUCCUCGGGACUGCUUCCCUCCUCUGACGUCCUGCCAUCUUCCGGCUUGUUGCCCUCUUCAGGUGUUCUGCCAUCUUCAGGCCUUCCAAUCUCUUCUGGCAUUCUGCCUUCAUCUGGCGUGCUUCCCUCUUCAGGCCUGUUGCCAUCUGGUGCCGUACCUACCCCUACUUCUGAGGCAUUGUCUUCGUCGGGCGUACCUGCUUCUGAAAGCGUCGUGCCCACACCCUCAGAAACUGCCAGCAUUACACCUUCUGCGACACUCUCUGAUACCAUCCUGCCUUCGGGCACGAUAAGCUCAGGCAUCACUCCCUCUGGUACAGGUUCCGUGGGAACAUCUGCGUCAGCAGUCCCAACCUCGUCAGGUAGCUCACUCAGCGUCCCGGCCUCAGAAGAGCCUUCAUCGGCUACUUCGACCGCGUCUCCUAGCAGCGCCGCGCCUACUCUGAGUGCAUCAGGCUCUGCCAAUGCUACACUCAGCGAGGCUCCCACAUCAGUAUUCAGCACCGGCUCCGUUGUUCUGCCGUCUUCUACAAAGUCCACGCCACCGCCAACAUCCGAGACACCUUCAUCGACCAAGAGUGAAACUCCCUCCCUCAUCAUCCCGGUGACACCAACCCCCACCAAGACGGCACCACCAAUCUUUUCCCUCAAGCCAACCGCUACAGACAGCGCAACUUCUCUCAUCGUCGGUACUAGCAUCAUUGUAGAGGCCUCCACAAUGCCCACUCCUAGCCCUACUGCCAGCACUAUCCCAUCGAACCUGCCAAGGAUGAUUGCGCCACCGGGAGGAGUGCCUUCAGAGAUCCCUCAGAACAGCUUCAUGGGUCAAGUGUGCUUCAAGUGGCCUUUGAACUACCCAUUCGUUUCCGCAAACGACGGUGGACAGCAGAUUUUCCAUUACUUGCCUCUGGCUAUUGCUGAUGGUUUGAACAUCUCAUCCACUGAGGUCAAGAACUUCGGACUCAAGCCACUGAACACUAUGGAGUACCAGGGUUUCAUCACCACGCUGGCUUUGUUCACCAUCCCCGCGGACUUGCAGACGAAGCUCGCAGCUCAGCUUCGCAACCCUGCGGAUGCUUUCUGGAACAACAAGAACUCGACUGUCAACGACCUUACUACCUUGAUCAACACUGCAUGCCCUCUUCCCGCCGGCAAGCUUCCAGGUGACAGCAGCCCUGCCAACGCGGCCGAAGAGCCAGGCGCCACCUCUACUGGCGGGUCUGGUGACGGGGGGGCUAUGGGUGGUGAUAUCGGCGCCAGCCGCACUGUGAACAAGACUAGUGCAAUUGUUGCCAGCAGUGCCAUCGUCGGUGCCAUCGCGUACGGUGCGGCCAUUUUCUUCGUUGCCCGCCGAUACAGGAACAAGCGCAUGGCCCACCAGCGCGCAAGCUCUGUGCCCAGCACAAGCCGCAUGACUUACGGUUCGAUUCCAGGUGGCGCUGCUGCUUGGAUGCACGGUGCUCGAAAUGGUCGGAUGACGCCUGGCAGUCGCGGCAGUCAAGGUAGCAGUAGCACUCAGGGUCGCAGUGUUCGCACACAACAGAUUUCUGCUCCAGUCAUGGCCGAGAACUCUCUUGGCUGGAACUAA